AAGAGAGAGAGAAAGAGAAAAACAGAGUCUCGUCCUCAAGGAUGUUUUUCGACUGUCGUGAUCAUCUUGGCGGUUAGUCACCUUUCGGUAUCGUGAAAUCGCGGGAUCUCGGGAACUCGCGUGGGAUAAUAGGCGGUGAGGCUCGGAUCGCGAAUUGAAUCACUGAUGUAAUCGCUUCUGCUUAAUCAUAAGCAACGGGCCCGUUUCCAAGGGCCCGUUUAACUAUUCGAUCGCGAGAGAUUCUCGCGGAGAAGCAAUCGCGACCUCGGAGCAAUCGCGAUCUCGGAGCAAUCGCGAUCUUGAAGCAAUCGCGAUCAUUUGAGGCAACUGCGCGAUUUUACUUUAUUAAAUGCGUUAAGCCGCACGGUUAUCGGCCUAUCGAUCUGUUGCGUUUACGCGAUUAACUAGGGGAGUUCACGCAGCGAAAACUUUCCCACAUUUUACACGGGACGCGCGUUGCAUCACGGACUGACUAAUUUGAAAUGUUCACCCCCUUAAAAAUAAAGGGUAUUACGCGUUUGCGCUUUGUCCAUUAAACAAAUAUCACUCAGUAAUGCCUUAUGUAACGCGGUAACAAAUGAAACACCGAUUACCCGACGUAACUUACUCUUUAUUUACAAAGGAGAUUGUACUAUAUGCAAUUCUUAUACGCAAUUUGUAUUUCCUCACAUAGAAUUCAUCGUUUAUAUUAUUUGUUUCAAUUGUUAUGUAAUUAGAAAAAUAUAACAAUCGUGAGAAAUGUUAAAUAGAUUUCUUUUCCUUUGUGUUCAAGCAGGAAAUAAAAUGAUAUUACUGCUAUUAUUGUUGGGCGCGAUCGUGUGCACGAUGGGCGGCUACGUGCCACCUGGGCCAAGAUUUAGAUGUCCCAAAGACGCGAUUUACAUUUACCCCUGUACCUGUCUUCGCGGCAGUGAUAGAGGUUUAUACAUUCAGUGUGAAAAUACAAAUCUAGCCAGUCUCAGCCUUGCCUUCACGAAUCUGGGAAACGAGGGCAUGCCGAUUGAGGAACUGGUUCUGUAUAAAUGUAACAUAGUACGAUUUUACGGACCUGCUCUGUACCCGUUGGAUGUGCGGAUGUUGAAGUUUAUAGAUACACCACUAAGAUUGAUCGAGGAGCACAGCUUCCUCGGCGUGAAUCGAACUCUUCAGGAGCUCUAUGUGAUAAACAGCAACCUGGAAAAAUUUCCUCGCGAGGCACUACAGAUCCUAGGCAAUCUCAGCUUGUUGAGCAUCACGGGCCACCGGAUAUCUACUUUACCGGGAAAUAGUUUCGGUGAAAGCGCGGCGGCUGCGAAGCUAGAAAAAUUGGAGAUUAGUAAUGGUACGCUCUCUUCCCUUCCUGUGGAAGCAUUAACGCCACUGAAGAAACUGAAAACUCUUGAUCUUCACGACAACAAGAUAAAAGAACUGAAGAGGAAUCAGUUUAAAGGUUUAAGAGACACCGAGUUUUUGGAUAUCUCUUACAAUUUGAUCGAUAAAUUGGACGCAUCUCAUUUGGCUGAUCUCGUCAAGAUGGGAUGGUGCAACAUGUCGCAUAACGCCAUCGCCGAUUUGAAAAGAGGAACCUUCGCCCGAAAUUCCGUCUUGAAAGUUUUGAAUUUGAGCCACAACAAAAUCAGAAAAUUGGAUUCGAAUACUUUUCGCGGCAUGCGUUUUCUCAGACGAUUGUAUUUGAGUGACAAUCAAAUCAACGACGUGGGUCGUGGAACUUUUGGUUCCGUUACCAGAAUUGGCACCAUCGAUCUUUCUCGAAACUUUAUUAGGAAGAUCGACUUCCAAAUGUUCAAUCAAUUGCAAUUUGCUGAGCUCUUAGAUGUUUCGUCUAAUUUCGUGACGAUCGUGGAGAAACUGGCGUUCAAAGAUCUUUAUUUAGCAAAAGUGAAUCUGUCUCACAAUGAGAUUUCGAAGAUCGAACCAGGCGCUUUUGAGAAUUGUGCGAAUAUCACGUCACUGGAUCUCAGCCACAAUAAACUUGAAAAUAUUUCAAAGUAUUCCUUCGAUAGCACAUCGUAUGCUAUGGAGUUUCAACUCAGUUACAAUCUAUUUACUUCUCUAAAUCAGGUUCCAUUGCAUAAUAUGACAGGAUUGAAAGUGUUAAACGUUUCUCACAAUCUGAUACACUCCGUUCCACGACAGACUUUCCCGAAGCUGUACGAGCUUCAUACGAUUGAUCUCUCGUACAAUAAUUUAUCCGAGAUUCAUAACGCCGUAUUUCAGACGCUCUUCAGCUUGCGAUUUUUAAACAUGUCGCACAAUUCUUUGGACAAGAUAAAACCAUCAACGUUCGGGCCGCUGCCAACGCUUCUGGAACUCGAUCUAAGCUACAAUCAAUUGAACGACGUUGCACGUGGUAGUCUAACUCGAUUAGCAAGCUGCAGGAGUUUAACGGUAAAAAACAAUCGUCUGACGAAGAUUUUCCAAUUACCAAUUUCUCUGGGUCAUUUGGACUUCUCGGAGAACUUGCUGGAGGAGAUCCCGACCACCGACGUGUGGCCCACGAUGAAUGCAUUACUCUCGUUGGAUCUUUCGCGGAAUCGGCUGGGCGAUAACCUGCAAGAGGGCAGCUUCGAAAACCUGCUGACCUUGAGAACCUUAAACCUGCAAGCGAAUAACAUGACGAAGCCGCCCUGGCAAGCGCUGGCCGGCCUCACCAGCCUGCAGUAUCUCUAUCUACAGGAUAAUUACUUGACGAAACUGGAAAAAGCCGCCUUCGGCCGUCUGCCGAUAGUGUUCGAGCUGAACUUGGCGAACAAUAAAAUAAGCAACGUGACGAGCCGCGCGUUCGAGGGUCUGCUGCAGCUGUUGACGUUGAAUCUGACGAACAACAACAUCAGCCACAUACCGAACGGCGCGUUCCAGGGUCUGGUAUCUCUGCGAACACUCGACCUAUCGCACAAUAGGCUGGAGAAGCUGGACAAUAAGACGAACGGGCUGCUCGACGACUGUCUAUCUUUGGAGAGGCUCAACCUCAGCCAUAACAAGAUAUCGUUCAUUACCCGGAAGACCUUGCCGAAUGAUCCAUGGAUCCCUUAUAAACUGAAGGAAGUUGAUUUAUCCUACAACACAAUGCCGGUCGUCACCUUCGAUCUCAUCGCCGGUGCUAAAAAGAUUCAGUACCUGAAUCUCUCUCAUAAUAAUAUUAAUGAGAUUAGAAGAUAUGUAAUCGGGAAUUUAACGGCUUUGCAGACUCUGGAUCUAUCGUACAAUGAUAUAAGCGACCUCUCCGAACGAGACGUCUUUUUACCGCCGUUAAAUUUAACCAACUUACACCUGAGUAAUAAUCAUUUGAGCUAUUUGCCUCUCGACAAGAUUCUACCACUACCGAAUCUCAAAGUACUCGAUCUGGAAGGAAAUGAGAUCGGCGUUUUCGAUGAAAAGUUCAUGAAGAUUAUUCAGAAUGGCACAGUACUCAGAUAUUCCGGAAAUCCCAUGCACUGCGAUUGUCACACGCGGCCGCUGAAAAGAUGGUUGAAGGCUCAAACGCAACUUCCGUCGGAAUGGUCGAAUGUGAUGUGUGAGAGUCCGAAUUAUCUCGCGAAUAAAUUUAUCUCGGAGGUAACCGAGGAUCUCAUGGGCUGUGGCGAGAGAGAUAUUCAAGAGGAACCCGAACUCGACAUCACACCCGAUGUGAAAUAUCGAAGUAUCGACUACAAUACCGAGGAUAAAAGCUGGAAAGCGACGUGGUACGUGACGUCACGCGAAGACAUCGGCGACUUCUACGUGGUGGUUCGCGAAUCCGGCAGCAGCAAAUCCAUGAUCGAGAAGGAUAUUGUUUACAGCGAGCGAUCCUUCAGGAUUCACGAUCUGAAGGAGUCGAGUACCAAAUAUGAACUCUGCGUGCUCGCGCGCGAUUCCGAAGGGAACGUCAAACAUUAUAGAAAUUCGCAAUGUCAGAUUUUGAAUCAGCAAAACUCUGGGUCGUCCGCCAACCUCAAGGCGAGCCUGUACUUCGUGAUAGUCACCGCUUUCUUCUGCACUCUUAUGAGAUUUCAUUAAUCUAUCGAAAAUAGUAUUCACGGUACUUGGGAAGAUUACAUUCCGCGGAGAUAGUAAAGUUUAUACGUGAUGAAAAGUAUUUUCACGUACCGCUAGCUGAUUAAUGUUUCCGAUCGUUCUUCUCUAUCUUAGGCAUUUAUCUACGUCGCGUUGAAGCGCGAUGCGAUGUGAUUGUACAAUAAAUUAAUAUAUUCCUUGGAAAAAAAAAAAGGUGAUACGCUGUGUGCGUUGUACAUAGAUCGUAUUGUAUUUCGUUCGGAGGUAGGGACGUUGAACGUCGUGUAUUUAUUUUUGUAAAAUAUAUACCUUGUACAAGUCACAUGUGUGGUUGUCAUUUAAUGGAUGGAUUAAUCAAAACAUUGACACAGAUGGAAAAACAUAUGUAAUGAUAUCGCGGUCAGAUAUCGCGGUGCAAUAAUUUACGAUUUGUUAAACAAGGGGAACAAUUGAUCGACGAUUAGUAAAUAAAUCGUAUUAAUAAGGACCAGCUAAUCCCACGAUAUUAAUUCGCCAUCGUGUUGCGUAGCCGUUCCGUCCUGUGUGACUAAUAAACGCUCGCGACUUGCUGAAAAAAUUCUCAAGGAAGUCAGCGGUCUCCCGAGCUUCGCGUAGUAAGAUUAUUUCAUUAUCUCGAGAAGAGACCAUAAUUAGUAUCCACUAAAGCAUAGCGCGUCUCUGUUGCACUAAAAAAAAAAAA